CAGAAAAACACGUCAGCUUUUCACAGCCAUUCGGAAAAGAACACGUCAGCAGAAAGGAAAACCAGUUGGUAGUGGGUCGAUAUUGCAAGGUGGAUGAGAAAAUUGCGUGAGACGGAGCAAGAAAAGCCCGAGUCGGAGGCGAUGAAGAGGUCCAAACCCGCAGAGCGUCCCAGAAGCGCAGUCGAAGCACAAGAGACGACAACCUAAGAUAAACAAGUUAACAAGUUCAAGUUAAAUCACGGAUAAGCCAUGCAAAUCUAAAAGUGCAGAGGCAGCAGUUUAUCAUUUAGCCCCCAAUCAGUUAUUACCAUGGCCCCCACAGCGAGUACAGUGCUCAUUGCCGUGCCGCGGACAGCAAUCACAUCGAAUAGUCUGCCCAAGCUGAGGCCCGCCCCCUUGACGGCGGCGCUGCUAAAGGCGGCGGCCACGCCCUCCGCCUCGCCGACGCCCUCGAGCUCGGGCUACGCAUCCUCGUCCAACAUGGAGGACGACAGCCCGGCCGCCUCGGCGCCCAAGGCCAAGAAGCGUCGCCUGGACCAUCUCACCUGGGAGGAGAAAGUGCAGAGAAAGAAGCUAAAGAACCGCGUGGCCGCCCAGACAUCGCGCGACCGCAAGAAGGCGCGCAUGGAGGAGAUGGACUACGAGAUCAAGGAGCUCACAGACAAGACGGAGAUACUACAGAACAAGUGCGACAGCCUGCAAGCCAUCAACGAGUCGCUGCUGGCCAAGAACCACAAGCUGGACUCGGAGCUGGAGCUGCUGCGCCAGGAACUCGCCGAACUAAAAGAACAGCAGCAGCAAAACACCCGGAAUAUCAACAGCAGCAUCAGCAUCAGCCAAUCCAACGCCUGCGCAGGCGCUGAGGGCUGUGCGUCCACACACCUUGGAUGCAGCAUCCAAAGCUGACCCUCUGCCGCAGGGUACACAACAGGUGGACACACAGUCGUCAGCGCGUCCGCUGGCGGAGCAGCUGAGGAGCAGCAAGAGCCUGGCCUCUCUCUGGAAGGUUGUGGCCCUCUGCCUACUCUACAAGACCUGCUUGGCGACGUCGACGAGGAGUUCGACGUCCGGCGGCUCGAGGAGCUGGCCGAAAGUCUGCUCGCAGAUAUCACCACAGACCUGGAGGCAGGCGCUGGAGCGGGCUGCCCAGCUGCUGCCCAAGAUGCAGGCGACGCAGAGCGACUGCCUGGACCAGUGGUGGGGUCCGCAGCAGAGUGCCUGGAAUCCGACGGGCAUAGAAGUGAUGGCGUGAAGGAGGAGACGGAACAGGAUGAGCACACAAUCAGCCUGAAUGUGCAGGUGUUGGAGAUGAAUGGAAACCCACAGACAGCAGCGCCUCCCUCGACGACAGCCACCAUCAAGGCGACAGCGGCCGCCUCCCUGCUACAGGCCACCCCCGAUACAGUGUAUGGCACGUACGAUGCCAAGACAAACUCGAUCACCAUCGUCAUGGACGGCGAUGCGGUGCCGGUGAACGAGGCCGUGGAGGAGAUCUACUGCGACGGCGUUUCCGCUGGCGACGACGCGACGGACGUGAUCAUGAAGUGUCCGCCGCCAGCGACGUCGCCGUCACAGGUCUACCUCAAUGUGGUGAACGCCGGCGACGACUCGGACGACGACGAGAGCAGCAGCUUCGAUCCCAUCGAGCGCUUCCUGCGUCCGCGCGUCAAGGCGAUCUCCCCGCUGGCCAAAUCCCCCGCCUUGUCCCUCCACUCGGCCACCUCGGACCACGGAUACGAGUCCAUCCUGGGCUCGCCCAUGUCCACGGCCCUCACUCUGCCCACGGACGAGGAGGACUUCCCGUGGGAGAGCAACUUCGACGAGCUGUUCCCCAGUUUGAUCUAAGUUAUGUCUCUCUUGUAUCGUUAAGUUUGGCUGGCCGCCGCUUUUGCUUAAGUGUCUUAGUUGAUAGGCUGUAAAUAAGUUCUUAGUCGAAGGCUUUAUAAAUGAUAUUGUAGUUCGAGGCGCUAAGCUUAGCUGUAGGUUUCCAUUUAUGUUUAACAAUCUCUAACCACAUAGGCUUACGAUUACUUGUAUUGUGCUCAAAGAAUUUGCGAAAACAUUCGAGAAAAAAAAAGAUAAUAUAUUCAAAAUAUAAACCAAACCAAACCACAA